AUGGCUGGAACUGAGAGGCCCCUGAACCCUCUUCCACGUCAUCAUGGGCACGCUUCCACCACACUGGGAACGAAGCUGACGCGCGCAACGCGAUCUGAGUGCGUUGUGAGGAGAGCAAGCAUGGCCCUGGCGGGCCGAAGAUUAGCUCAGGCGGCUGGAUCUCAAGCAGCUGUGCUUUGGAGGCAGUUUUCCAAUCUGUCGCGAGAAGUCGCACCAGCUGCGCGGCGGCUGGCUGCAGAACCUCAGCAUGCACUGAGCGGCGAUCUGGUUCGCGAGGAGUUGAAGAACGGAUCGCCGAUCGCGGUCAAGAUGCAAGAAGUUAUGAAUCGCGGUCAGCUUCUAUCUGAUGACAUUAUCUUCGAUCUUCUAUCAAAACGGCUAGAGCAGGGUGUUGUCACGGGCGAAGGUGGCUUCAUUCUGGACGGAUUCCCUCGCACAGCCUUACAAGCAGAAGUGUUGGAGUCCAUGACGCAGAUUGACCUGGCCGUGAACCUAACCCUUCGGGAGGAAGUCUUGGUUCAGAAGAUGCUGGGACGUAGAUUAUGCUCAGACUGUGGCGGUAAUUACAAUGUUGCGAACAUUGACAUCCCCGCGCAAGAUGGAAAGCCAGCCAUUUUCAUGCCUCCACUGCCAGCACCAGCUGGUUGUGAAGGCAAGCUUGUCCAAAGGGCGGAUGACACAGAGGAAACAGUUCUGGCUCGUCUGAAGGUUUAUGAGGAACUGAGCAAGCCUGUGGAAGACUUUUACCAUGAACGAGGUCGCUUGAUGGAGUUCGAAAUUACAGGUGGGAUUCCUGAGACAUGGCCACGUUUGUUAUCAUUCUUAGGAGUUGAUGGCCAGUGUGAGGCACUGGAAAGUGGCUCUAGUAUGGAUAUUACACAGCUUCUUCUAAAUGCUCAGUCUCCUGACGGAAAUGUCAGAAGGUUGGCGGAGGAAAACUUGAAGCAGCUUCAGGAUUCCAACUUUCCGGCGUACUUAGUUUCCUUGUCCUUGGAGCUUGCGAAUCCGGAAAAGCAGACAGAUUCCCGGCGACUUGCUGGUCUCAUUCUGAAAAACUCUCUCGACGCGAAGGAGUCUACUAGGAAGUCCGAGUUUAUUCAACGCUGGAUUGCUCUAGAUGCUGCUAUCAAGGGACAGAUCAAGGCCGCUUUGCUUGCAACCCUUGGAUCCCCAGUCCAAGAUGCUCGUCAUACAUCGGCUCAGGUUAUUGCAAAGAUCGCUGCCAUUGAGCUUCCACGGAAUGAGUGGCCUGAACUCGUCGUAGGCUUGCUUGGCAACAUGGGAUCGCCAACUCAACCGCAGCCAGAUCACUUAAAAGAGAGCACUCUUGAAGCGCUUGGAUUCGUUUGCGAGGAGAUCGCCGGGACUGACUCUCUGGCGCAAGAGCAGGUCAACAGUGUGUUGACUGCUGUUGUGCAAGGGAUGAACAAGACGGAGCCGAACAACGACAUCAGGCUGGCUGCUACGAGAGCACUCUCCAACGCUCUUGAAUUCGCCCAAACCAACUUCGAAAACGAGGUGGAGCGGAACUACAUUAUGACGGUCAUCUGUGAAGCGUCGCUGUGUCCAGACGUGAGGGUUCGGCAAGCUGCAUUUGAGUGCCUGGUGGCCAUCGCGUCGACCUACUACUCGAAGCUCGCACCGUACAUGAACGACAUUUUCCAGAUCACGGCUAAGGCGACGAGAGAAGAUCAGGAGCCCGUUGCGCUGCAAGCCGUGGAGUUGUGGUCGUCGAUCUGUGACGAGGAGAUCGAGCUACAGGAAGAGUACACUGCGGAUUCCGAAGUUACGAAUUUCAAUUUCAUUAAGCAGGCUCUUCCGGCGCUCGUUCCUAUGCUGCUGGAGACUCUAACGAAGCAAGAGGAGGGUCAAGAUUCGGAUGAAACGGCUUGGAAUUUGGCCAUGGCUGGAGGUACCUGCUUGGGUCUGGUUGCCAGAACGGUGGGGAAUGAUAUCGUUCCGCUAGUCAUGCCGUACGUUCAGGAAAACAUCAGCAAGCCGGAAUGGAGGAACAGGGAAGCGGCGACGUACGCGUUCGGAUCUAUCCUCGAGGGUCCUGAUACGGAGCAGCUGGUUCCUUUGGUGAACAGCGCGCUGGGAUUCAUGCUGAAUGCGAUGAAGGACGAGAAUGCGCAUGUGAAGGAUACAACAGCGUGGACUCUCGGCCGAAUCUUCGAGAUCGUGCACGGAUCUUCGCCGGAGAAUCCGAUCAUCAACGCAACGAAUCUCCCAGCGAUUCUGGCUGUCCUGAUCGAGAGCCUCAAGGACGUUCCAAAUGUGGCCGAGAAGGUGUGCGGAGCAAUCUACUUCCUCGCGCAAGGGUCGGAAGGCAGCGAAGGAGCGCUGUCCCUGACUCCGUACUUCCAGCCGCUUAUCACGGCGCUGCUGGCGACGGCCGACAGGGAAGACGCGUCGGACUCGCGGCUGAGAUCGUCGGCGUACGAGACGCUGAACGAGAUCGUGCGGUGCUCGGGGGAUGACACGGCGGCGACGACGGCGCAGCUGACGCCGGUGAUCAUGGAGAAGCUGGCGCGGACGAUGGACAUGCAGAUCAUUUCCACGGACGACCGCGAGAAGCAGAGCGAGCUGCAAGCGCUGCUCUGCGGCGUGCUCCAGGUGAUAAUUCAGAAGCUGGGAAGCAACGACGCGACCAAGGCGGGAGUGACGCAGUACGCGGACCAGAUGAUGGCUCUCUUCCUCAGAGUCUUCGCCUGCCGCAAUGCCACGGUGCACGAAGAGGCCAUGCUCGCCAUUGGAGCCCUUGCGUACUCCACAGGCCCCGACUUUGGCAAGUACAUGCCCGAGUUCUAUCGCUACCUGGAGAUGGGUCUGCAGAACUUCGAGGAGUACCAGGUGUGCGCGGUAACCGUAGGCGUGGUGGGCGACAUCUGCAGAGCGCUGGACGAAGCCGUGUUACCCUACUGCGACGGCAUCAUGACGCAGCUGCUCAAAGACCUCUCCUCGGACCAGCUCCACCGCAGCGUGAAGCCGCCAAUCUUCUCCUGCUUUGGGGACAUUGCGCUGGCGAUCGGCGAGCACUUUGCUAAGUAUCUUGCUUACGCGAUGCCGAUGCUGCAGAGCGCGGCGGAGCUGUCGGCGCAGCAGGGGAUGAAUGAUGUGUGGGACGAGGUGGUGGAGUAUAAUAACCAGCUGCGCGCGGGGAUCUUUGAGGCGUACUCGGGGAUAUUCCAGGGGUUCAAGGCGACGAAGCCGGAGCUCAUGGCGCCGUACGCGGAGCACAUCCUGCUGUUCAUCGAGAAUGUGUACUUGGACAAGCAAAGGGAUGAGAUUGUGACCAAGGCUGCGGUUGGUGUCUUGGGAGACUUGGCUGACACUCUUGGAGUUGCUGCUGCUCAGCUGUUUGCCACCCACCGCUUCCACCGGGAGUUCAUCGAGGAGCUUGGGAGGUCGCUAAUGGCUGGAGGUGACCCAGAACCCGAGCCUGCCGCUGGAGAUACGGCCGAGGAGAAGUUGAGACUGGUUGUAAAACAUGGCCAGCAGACGCAUCAACUGAUGAUGUCACCGGGAUGCAUUGUCAAAGAGUUAAUGGAGACGCUGGAAGGGUUAACGAGUGUGCAUUCAAGGGGUCAGAAACUUAUCUACAAAGGGAAGAUUUUGACCCCUGAUAUGUCGUUUGAGGAGGCGAAGAUUACCAACAAUGCCAAGAUUAUGCUCAUGGCGACGGCUGGAGUGCAUCAAGGGGCCGGUGGUAACCAUUACACUCUGGGACAAUCAGCCAGCCACAGAUACGGCAGAGGUCUGCAACGGUCGGUCGCAGCGCCAUCGCCGGUCGCACUGGGGCAAGAAAAGGCCAGACAACGGAUGUGGGUGCAGACAGGGAUCGUGUCUUUAAGAGACAGUAACUUGCAGGUUGUUCCUGGUGCUGUGUGGGUUGCGGGCCCCGCACUACGUGUUCUGGACCUAGGCGGCAACAGCCUUCGGAUCUUUCCACCUGCCGUAACAGCCUUGACCAACCUCCAGAGGUUACGUCUGAGCCAUAACUCGCUGACGGAGAACACCAUUGCCUGGGAAGCCCUGACGCGGCUCCCCAACCUCAUGGCUCUCGCACUCGACCACAACCAAAUAGGGUUGAUUCCGUCCAUCAUUGGCCAGCUCUCCUCACUGAAGCGACUCGCACUCAGCCACAACGCCCUCUCCUCCCUGCCGCCAGAGAUUGGCCAGCUGAAGAACCUUGAAUGGAUCGAUGCUGCUCAUAACAGGUUGGGGAUCAUCCCACCUUCAAUGGCGGAAUGCACAUCUCUUGCAGAGGCCAAUUUCUCGGCGAAUUUCAUCUGCCACGUGCCAGCUGCUCUGGGUAGACUCACCAAUCUCAAGAUUCUGCUGCUGAGCAACAAUGCGAUCAAGCACUUCCCCUCAGAGGUGCUAACAGGGUGCACGGAGCUCUUCACUCUCUCCCUGCACGGCAACCAAAUCACCAUUGACCAAUUGCGCGAGAUCGAGGGGUGGGAGGAGUACGACGAGAGACGGCGAGCCAAGUACAGUAAGAGGCUUGAGUUGCAGGCACUGGCGUCGUCAAGUGGGUUUGAUGAGGGAGCUGAUGCCCACCUGUGGCACAAUUGGUGA